AUUAAUAAAGUAUCACGAUGAGUAUUCAUUCGUAUAGCUGCUGCCGUACAAAUGCACUAUGGUGCUUACGUGCAUUAACUUAAUAACAAAAUCGGAACUUGUAAACAGGUAAAUUGUGUACCAAAGUUGUGAUCAAGUGUUAAGUGAUAUUUUUAACAAAAUGGCGGUGUCUAAAGUGAUCAUCGCUUGUGUUUUUAUUGGAAUUUUAUCAAAAGAAGUCAGCAAUCAACCAACGAAAAGAAGUCGUGGGAAAGUACAAAAAAUCUCUAUUGAAUAUAAUUUACCAAAGCAGCUUCAGUUACAUGAUAUAUUUGACAUUAUAAUUAAAGUGAAAAACAAUUUACAAAUUUUAAGUAUAAGUCUGAUGACUGAAGACAAUAAAACGGCUUGCACUUUAAUAAUAAAGUCUGAUCAUCUACUUUAUCAAUAUGGGCAGCUAAAAGUUAAGGAUGUCGUUGAAAAUGAAGGACAACCAAUAGCCGAAAUAAGUUUGAGUGAAUUUUUGCAAGAUUCCACAAUUAAAGUAUCGUUUACAGUAAGAAAAAAUGAACAACAAGGCGAAACUAAUACACUAGAAAUCGGAGGACAAAAUGGUUCAAUAGAGCCUAUAGAAAUACAUGAAGAUAUAAGUAUGAGUGACAUAAGGUAUCUAAGAAUAGUAGGAGACGAAAUGAGAGUAGCGGAACUUAAAUUCUUAUUCGGCCUUCAAGAUGAACUUUGAAUUCAACUGGCUUGUGUUAUGGUUAGAAGUUUAUGGUGUCAGAAUUUUGACAGUCUUCCACUUAUGACGAGACAUUAAAGAUAAUACCUAUUGGCCCGUCGAAUAGGAAUCCAACGAUGUAAAGGUCACCGAGACAAAGAAGAUAGUGAUGAGAUUGCAAAUAAUGUGAUGAAAUAAGCAUCUUUUAAGAGAUGUAAAGCUGUAAAAGUUAAACUACAUAAUAAUGAAACCAUAAUAGUAUUAUGAUUGCGCCUCAAUUUAAAAGAAGUGUCAGAAAUACCUAUAGAGAUUUCCAUGAUCAAAUUUAUUGACACAAUAAGAUUGACUUCCUACUUAAGAAGAUUUACGGUACAGAGUACUACCAAUUUUUUUCAGUGUGUUAUCAAAAUGGGGUAGGUAAUUCGAAAAGCAAGAGCAAAAUCAUUUAAUAAAAAUUAAAAAAAGAUAUUGGUGUUUGUAAAUACCUGUUGAAAACGUAACCCAGCCCAUACUCUAGAUAAUAUUAAUCGUGAUAACGUAAAAUACUCCUAUCCCAAUAAACAUCAAGCUAAAAUCAAAAAUUGUAUCAAUAAUUUAAUCAUAUUUGCCCCCUUAUUAUAUAUUGCUUCGGUAAGGUUUAUUCAGUUACCGGGUUUUACAAUAAUAUGAUGUAUUUUGCUUACAAAAUAGUAACUCAUAAAUAGGGCUACUUACAGAGAUUUGGAUAUCGUAUUCGAAUUUACAUAUUAUGUAAAAUAAGUUUACUAAUUUUGACUAGAUUAUCUAUAAUGAAAUAUGGUUAAUUACUUUAAAAACUUGUUGGAGAAACAAUCUUAAUUCCCACCGAUAGAGUAAAAGUUAAGGUUUGUUAAUUAAA